CGUGUGUUUAUACUACUUAGUCACUUUGUGGGGACAUCCGUCUGUUAGCCAGAUUGUGGAGACUUUAUGGGAGUAAAAACACAAAUUCUCAUUAGGUAAACAUUUAAUUUUUAGGGGAAUUACUUAAGUCUUAAGUUAUUGGGUAAUUAUAUAAGUAGUAAAUUAGGUAAGCUUGUGUUUAGGGUCAAAUUCUAGGAAAGUAUUGGCCAGUGUAAUGAAUACAAGCAUGUUAAUGACAUAUGUUAUCAUACCAUAUAAUAAAUAAUGGAUCAAUUGACUAUUUGUUUAACAUUUAUUAUUAUUUACAUUAGGAUAUAUGUAAGUACCGCAAAGCUGUAGUUUAAAUACUCUAAAGUACAAGAAUCAAUGUACUUGAUGAGGGUGUUUUAAUUAGCCUUAAGUUGUUGUGAAACGUCACAGAUGCAAAGGACACGUGCGCCAUCUAACGGAGUAAAUCAUCUCCUAAAACUGGAAAAACUGAAUGUAACAAAGAUCUCAAAGACCAGGUAUUAUUGUUUCCAAUAAAUUUAAAAGACAUAAUGUUUUGUUUAGUUUUAUCUUAUUUUAUCUAUUUAUACAUAUAUUACUAGAGAUCUACGGGCAACACGGAACCAAAUACUAUCCGGUCUGUGUUUCCUUCAGGAGCAUUUUCAGAGCCGUAUUUGCGCAGCAUGUGUUGUGUUGACUCUUCGCUUUUUCUGGAUAGUUGUUAACAGAACUUAAUUGACAAGCAACCAAAUGUCCUCGGCGGAGGUAGUUCUCGGGUUCCUGGAGGAGGCGGAGCCGUGGCGGCUUCGGUCCCCGCAGUUCCCCAGCAAAGUCGGGGGGAAACCGGCGUGGCUCAGCCAGAGGGGUCUGCCCGCGCUGGGGUGUGACAUUUGCUGCCAACCCAUGGUGUUUCUGCUGCAGGUUUACGCACCAAUAUCUGGUCAGGAGAGAAGUUUCCACAGGACACUGUUUGUGUUCUGCUGCAAAACCCCCGAGUGCUACACACACAACGACAGUCGAUGUGUGAAAGUCUUUAGAAGUCAGCUUCCCAGGAAGAAUGAGUUCUACCCAUAUGAGCCUCCACCAGAGGAUGAACCCCCCAAGGAUCCUGAACAGGACCAAAAUGUGUUGCCUGUGUCUGGACUUAAACUGUGCUGGGUUUGUGGUUGCCCAGGCAACAAAGCCUGUUCCCGUUGCCACACUGUGACUUACUGUGGAAAACACCACCAGACCCUCCACUGGAAACACACACACAAGAAGGAGUGCUGCAGCCAAGAAGCCUCCAUCAUUACAGAUUCUCUCUUCCUCUUUCCUGAGUCUGAGCUCGUCACCGAACCUGAAGAGGAGAACCAGGACACAAAGGAGGUUGAGGAACCAGUGGAGGACAACACUGAAAGGGGAGUGGACUGUUCCUCCUUAGCAGACACCCUUGCAGACACAGAUUUGGAGGAGAUGGCUAUGCAUGAAACUGAAGAUAACAGAGCCUUCCAGCAGUUUAAAAAAAGAAUUGCACCAGAACCACACCAGGUGGUGCGUUAUAGCCGAGGCGGCUCUCCGCUGUGGGUCUCUUCUCAGCACAUCCCUUCAGAUCAGGAUAUCCCACCAUGUAGCUGUGGUGGCAAGAGGAUAUUUGAGUUUCAGGUGAUGCCUCAGCUGUUAAACACUCUGUGUGUGGACUCAACAGAAGCCAGCAUCGACUGGGGAACGCUGGCUGUCUACACCUGCUCCAACAGCUGUAACCAUGACGACCAGUACUGCCCAGAGGUUAUCUGGAAACAGGACUUAAGCUCAGAUCAGCACACACAGUCAUAAAUCCCACUGGACACAUUUUAGGUGUCCACACUGGUGCAUUAUAGAAAGCAGUGAUUAAAGUGGUUAAAUGAAGCAGACAUGUGAGGCUGACCUGAUCAGAUAGAAAAUGAUCAAACUGCUCCAGCUGAGACUGUCAAGGAGGGUGCACUCGAACUGUAGAUUUUCUGUCAUGAUUUAAACUCAUGCAGUCAUGAGUUACUGCUGACUGCUUAUCAUUUCAUAAAGGCUUCAGGAUCCAAAACUGCUUUAUGACUAUCUGAAGAGUUUUCAUGUCUACCUUGUGGUUAGUAGAUUAUGUUUCUUUUCACCAUUACAUAGUGUUUAAACAAGAGUUUUACUGGUUUUGGGAUUGUGUCUUAUUAUAACUAUACAGUAAGUUUAAGAAAGGUGUCUAAAUGCUUUUUUUCAGUUGAAUACAGUUCAAUACAAGCAUCAAAGCACAUCUAAAAUCUGUAGGUAAUUAUCUUAAGUCUUUAAAACAAAUUUAAGACUCAAAUGUUUGACAGAACAGUGGUAGUAAAGGAACUGAAGUAUUACAGGGUCCCAUGUCUGUUUAAUAAUCCAUUGUGCAAACCUAUUAAGCCUUUAGUUACUAUAUCUCUUUUAUCUCAUUCCCUCUGACAACCAUCCUCAUGACUGUCUGUUUUGUUUUUACAUGCAUGCGAGACUGUCUAUUUCAAACAAUUGUUAAAAUGCAUUUUGACAAAAUAAAUUUUAUUUUAUUUGUCAAAGUCAAAUCUGCUUGUAGAUAUUCCAUUAAAACAUUGAAAAGUAG